AUGGUCGCGGUGUGCUCGUCAGAUUUGGGGAUCAAGUCUGGGUCCAGCGGCUUGAGGAUACUGUGGCCGCUGGAGCCUAGAAAUCGUCUGAAGUUGGUUGCGUGUCUCGAGGUGCGGCUGGAUCGCGGAGAGGUGGCGGAUUCAGAUGAGGACGAACUCGAACUCGAACUCAGCAUUGAGUCUUCCGCGGAGACACCUCCGAGAAAACGACCAAGGCUGGAUCAGGUCUCUGGAAUCACGGGACUCGCACCGCCAUCGGAUCAUGGCGCGAAGACAGAUGAUGAAGAUGAGAUUGCUUGGCUUCCGGCCAAGGCGGCGACGACGUACGGACGAAAGGGCAAGGGCAAGCCAGCGCGAAGCAAUGCAACAGCGUCCUCCUCCCGCGCGCAAUCGGUUGAGCGCUAUGGGGGCGACAAGCUGGUGCCAAUGAUACCAGCUUUGCCAGACAAGACGAUAUGUGAGGCUAUUCGAACCACUGCCAGCUCACCUGCGCACGGCUGGCUUGGAGGGACCACAGAUCUGGAUAAUGCUAAGCCUAGCCUUUCCAUCGAUUCACCUCUGGCAGUUCCACUGCCGCCUUCCUCGGCCGAUUCAAGCGACGAAGAUGAGCUGCCAGACGUGAGUCAGAUCUUCGCAGCAAAGCGCCAGGACAAUCGCUAUGCUUCGAGAUGUCGUACAUCCAGCUCGUUGAGCGAGCGCUCCGUCUCUCCCCCCACGGACUUCCAUUCCCCAAUUCGGCCUCUCACGAGUCGCAGCGAAUCUGGGCGAGAAGCGCUUUGUACGACUGCGAGCGAUGAAAUGGUCGGUGUCACACUUAACGACUUCGCUGCUGUCGAUGACGAUGUUGCUUCAGCAAAGCGCAGUCUGCGAGCGCGAAAAGACAUUCAGCUACAUCCAUAUCUUCUUGAGAAAGCCAAGUAUCAGAGACAAUUCAUGGAGCGCGGAUUGAAACCUGUUCGAUUGGUCCAAUCGGAUCCUCAACGCGAAAAUGAUGGGACUCCGUCUUAUCCAAGCAGCAGUCAGGCUACCCUGCCGUCGUCCAGCCCUGCCGUCUCUGAGAUAGGCGUGACGUCUGAGAAACCUACAAUUCAGCCAACGUCAAUCACACUCUCGCCGGAGCAGGCUGAGCCACGGAAGGGUGUCGCCAGGCGCCAUUGGGGCAAGGAGCAAGAACAAUUGACGACUUCUCCGAAGAGCGCUCGCAUGGCGCAGAACCAAGCGCAAACACGAGACGUCCAAUUGCCACAGUUUGUUCGGCUUGCUUUGCGUCAAAGCAAUCGUAUCCAAAACCAAGGUCGCCACGGACCUCAUGACAAGAUCAUCCGCCUCACGACCUCAGACGACACCGCUGAAGCAGAUUCGGUCCUGCGAGCUUGGCGCCAGGGUAUGCUUCUGCCUCGCUAUGAGCUCAUGCCAUCCGGCAACCACAACUGGGCAACGUCAGAGAAAAGUCCAACACAUCGCGAAGCGCUUCGCGAGCAGUCGCACAACUCGCAAAGGCACGAGCCUUCAAGUACGACUAGGACAACUGCUGGCGCGUCUCAUGCGCUUACCAAGCCUGAUGUAAAUUCUGUGCGCAAGACGAAGUACAAACAAACUCGAUUGCCUCAUGCUGUAAGGUCAGCUCAGGCGCCGAUGCACAAUCCAUCUCGCCUGGGUACAAAGGUCGGUGAGGGUCAGCUUCGAAAGAAGUCAUCCGCCCGGCGCUAUACGCCUGCACUGCGCUCUGCACAGCUCGAAACGCUCCAGCAGGACUUUGACAAUCACCAUCGCGAGGAGGCUUUCGAACGUCGAAUGCAGUGUCUGACUGAAAAUGUAGCUUUACCAGGAAGGCAUGCACGAUCAUCCGAGUACCAGAUCACGCGAUUCCUGUAUAAUCAUGAUCAACAGGACCAAAUCCGGACAGGAACGGACCAGAUCAGACCUGCUGUUCCGGCUGUCGAGCAUGAUACGACUAUGGAUUUCCCUCACAGACCGCGCAAGUCACGUCCGCAAAGGCUAAAUGCUGAAGCAAGCGAGUAUCGCCAGCCGGACGAGCUCACGCAGAUCGACGCGAACAAUGCCGAUGAUGAGCAAGACAAAAUCAACAUCUCUAGCCCUGUCUUGCAUGGCUUUGGUCUGUUCGGCUCACGAUAUACCGUUAACUUCAACAUCGAGCCAUUGCCACCAGGAUUCCUUUUCCAAGCCGACACGAUCAUUGGAAGCGGAAAACUCGCGGAGGCGCUAGAUCUGUCAAACCAAGACCUCGACAAUCCGCGCGGCCAAACACAUUUCGCUUUCGCAGAUCAAAGCCGUAAUUGGGGAGUCUGGAAUGAAGACGUGGCUGCAGACUUCUCACGAAUGACUGUCGAAACGAUGGAUGAAUUGCAGAGAUUACACAUCGUUUCUGCAGGUGCCGGUCUUAACCAAGUACGCAAUUUUAUGGACCAAAACGUGAACGCUUCCUUACGGUCAGCGGUAACAUACUGUUCGAAGUGUGUAUACUUUGUCGACGCCGUCGACCGGCAGCACUUUGCUGAGAGCCUUUGCCGGCUUGUGAACGAUGUAUCGGACAUCAUCGAGGAGUAUCAAACAGAUGUAUCCCGCAAUCCGAAGGCAUUCAAUGAGACUCGACAAUACCUGGUGAUCUUAGCUGUGCUGGCCAAGCAAGUGACAUGCCACCCUACCGUCAGCAGGGGCACCAAAGACAGAGCAUCUGACGUAUUGAAUGCCACAGCAUUAAGCCUCUCGAAGCAUUGUAUCGCCGACCAAUUCGAACAGCUGCGAGCGGACUACGAGAGCUGCCGCAAUGCCGCUUUGCUGGAAGAAGGCAUCUCUGGCAGUGCUUGGGCACUGAGCAGCCUCGUGAUUUUGAUCAAUUCAUUUCAAACGCUCGGAUCAGAUGCCAACUUCUGGCUGGUCAUUAGCGCAGCUCUUUUCGGCGAUAUUCAAGGAUACUGUGCCGUAAGCGAUUUUGAGCGUCAAUGGCACAGCCUAUUUACGAUCUUGCCGGCACUAGAUAUUGACAGCCGUGGUGUGCUGCAGCGUUCGGCAAGGAAUCGUUCGUCGGAAGCGUGGACUAUACCCAAAGCUUGCAUCCUGCGCACUUUCGAGCUGUAUGAAAUGUCCAGCAGGAUACGGGGCUUCACUGUGAAUGAUUAUAUUCGCACAUUACUUUCGCGUUGCUGGUGCUUGAUUGAAAGAUGGCAUUGGUGGCGAUCCGAGCCAAUUCUUAACACCAUCUUCGACUUCUUCAGCGGCCGAAGCUUAGGCUUCCUUCACAAAGAAGAAUCUCAAGGGUCUCUCGAAUUUUUGGAAGAACUCAGCUCGCAGCCGUCACUCCAGGUCCUGCCGAGCGACCGCUCAUUUCACAUUUUCGUCAAGCUUUUAACAACAUCAUUCCUGCGGAUGCGUGAUAAUCAUGUCUACGACGGACGCAAGAUUUCAGGCUUGGCGUGGCGCUUCAUACCAAGCCAUGGUAGAACAUACAACAAGGACAUGGAUCUCAAGCAAUCCGAUCUCGAUGCACUGCAAAACCACCAUGAUCUACUCGUGGCUUUGUACUAUGCUCUGCCGCCUGUCCAUCGGCCAAAAGCAAAUCUAGUGCGCGAUCUUGUUGACCAUACCAAGUCUCAUCGGAAAGCUUGUGAUGUUAACGUCAGGGCCUGGGCAAAUCUUACUGCAUUCCAAGCAUCCACUGCUGAGCCAUUGGAAACUAUGCAGCCCCUAUCUGAGUGGUUUGUGGCUCUAGUAAGGGCAGCAGUACACCAGUACAGGUUGGCCAAGAGUGAAGCUGAACAGGACUUUGAGGAAGCCAGAAAGGAAGGUUCAACUUCUGACGAGGUUAGACUCCAGGCCGUCAUCGCCAGCAAUCAGCGCCCGAUAGCUGCGACGAUUGUCAAUGCUCUUGCUGGACUCAAACGAGCUCUGCAAUCUGCCCGCAACAUCUCGAGCGUGCGGUAUCUCGUAAAGACAACACAAUUCUGGACUGUACUGGAUCUCUUUGACCCAUCUCAGCGUCGACUUCUCAGUGCCAUGCUUGAAGCUGUCCAAGCUAUGGACACGGCACUCGAAAUAGACGAGAAGUUGUCUUCGACAAUAGAAAGUCGGAGUCUGAGCGAAGACAGUCAGGAGUUUGGUGAUAUCAGUGCUCUCCAGGAGUUUGCCGCGCAUGACACCACUACACCAUCAUCAUUGCUCGAUGCGGUUGCUGAUACUCUCGUCACGCCAAUGGGUCAAUUUGUGUCGAACGUUUUCGGCGCAGACUCUGCUCCUGACGAGUCACUGCUGCAGAGAGUGAUCAGCGUUUGGGUAUCGAUCGCAAAUCGACUUGUGAAAACAUCAGCGAGAGACUGGAGUGCCUUCCUCAACGAGUAUAGCACUCAGAGCUGGGCUCAGAUGCGUAACACUCCACAAUGGCGCAAGUACACUCCUUACUUCAUGGCUCACGUGGUCCAGCAGCCUACUUUCCCGGGAGAUGAAAGUGUUGCGCAGAAAGUGCUCAAUGCAUGGGUUCUGUCGCUUGUGGAGAGAGAGGCUUCGCUGAAAUUUCAGCAUGUACUCACGGCUGCGCUGCUCAAUCAUUGCAGGGAGGAGCGCCUGUUGCAGAACCUCCCUUUUGCUCAAGAUCAGGACGGGCAAUUCCACAUAAAAUUGAGCGAACUUCGGCAGAGAAGACUCCCGCUUUUGUCGUCACUGUUGUCGAACAUGCGAGAAAGCUUAGCAGAAGCUCAUUCGAACCACAAUCGCCCAAUGGCGGAGUCCAGAAAUAUGUACGCUGCUGUACUUCGGCAGCUGAUGCAGGCGAUGAAGCAUAAUUAUCAAGAGCUUCAGACGGAGAAGGAAAGUGAAGUUGCUGACAGUACCGCACAAGGAUCAUACGUUGAAUUCGUUCAGCAUGUGGUCUCUUUGCUGCAGCAGCACACGAGCGACAUAUGCAAGGUGGAUCCGUUCUUCACUGACUCCAACGCCUUCCCGCUUCCUGUUCGGGAUCCAACUUAUGUUGUCGGCAAGCUGAAGAGAUAUUCACCGAGACUCGGCGAAGCCAAGUCACGCAAAGAACUUGCUGUGUUCAUGCAGACUGUCAGCGAAAGAGCCGCCGUGGAUGGACAGCAGCAAUACUUGGCCGAGCAGCUAUUUGAGGCGAUGAAAGCAACGCCAGAACAGGACUCAAGUAAUGGACCUUCGCUUCGACACGUACUCUUGACAUCAAUGUUCCCGGCAUACAUCAAUACAAUAUUCGCUACAACCUGUGGAUGGAUCCUCGCGAUUCCUAUGUUGGACGCCUGUAAAAACGUGGCCAUGGAUCUUAUCUACAAGGUCGACUUUGGGAAUGACGGCGCUGUCUUGGCAACCACAGAAUCUGUGACAGCUGUGUUGCACAGCAUCAAUGGUCAAUGCCAGUCCGGUUUGGCGCGUGCUGGACUGUCGGAGAUGGCCAAGUACAUGCACGUACUAGCGAUUAUGUUUGAUGUCUGCAGCUCUGUUCUGCAGCUGGCUUCCGUCGUGCAACAUGCAACAUCACAUGGCCGUGACUUGCUGCACCUCCUACGGGCGCUGAACAGGCAAGCUCGAGGCAUAGAGCAAGUGUUGGAUGGCGCCGUCGAAGUCGACUGUCUUGAGUGCGCUGGCGGAGGACCAUCGCCCUGGCCUGAUACUCAGGAGUUUGUGAAAAGGCAAAUCUACGAGUCGCUGAGCAACUGGCAGGUUGUAGAUGGACGAUAUUUCUUGCGAAGAGGGAAUCUUCUGAAAGAAAUAAUUGUCAGACUGGGGGAUGCUAACGAAGAGAGGGCCGUAUUGCGGCAGAGCAUUCGAAGUUUCAAGGGCAGAUAUGAAGCGACAUUUGCGCCGAGGCAGAGGAAGACGAGCGGCGGUGGGAAGGAGUUGUAG